CGCAUCACAACGGCGUCCGGUUGUCAAGAAUGGAGAAUUACAGGCUUUUAGAAAGACUUGGGAAAGGUGGCCAAGGUUCUGUUUACUUGGCUGAAAAUAAAACUGAUGGAAGCAAGUGCGUUUUAAAGAAGGUUGAAUGUCAAGAUGAAAGCGAUGCCAAUCAGGCCUUUCGUGAGGCUCUUGCUUUACAGAAGCUUAAACAUCCCUAUGUUUGUGGCUACAAAGAUUUCUUUGUUAUGUGGGACAAAGAGGCUUGUGCAAUGUUCUUGUGCAUCGUGAUGGACUACUACACAGAUGGAGAUCUCAGAAAGUUCAUCAGUGGAUACCAGGAAAAGCGGGAACCCAUUGAUGAAGAGAUUGUGAAAAGGUUCUUGGGUGAGAUUAUGGAGGCAUUGAUUUUUGUACACAGACAAGGAAUUCUUCACAGAGACUUGAAGCCUAGUAAUAUCUUCAUCAACGGUGACGGGACGUUGUGUUUGGGAGAUUUUGGGGUGUCCACCAUUAUAGGAGACAUCAGAACAAACACCAGAUGUCCUCCUGGUACAACUAACUACAUGGCCCCCGAGGUUGCUAACGAGCAAUACGAUGAGCGGAGUGAUUUGUGGUCGCUGGGCUGCAUCCUGUUUGAGCUGGCCAGCACUUUCCUGUACAAUGGAUCGACAUUUGCCGAGCUGCUCAAGUCCAUUCAGAAUGACGACGAAGUCCUGGAGGAGUCCCUCGAGCAUAUUGCACAGAAGUUUUCUGGUGACCUCAUCAAGACAAUACGAGCCAUGCUAAAACCAAACCCAGAGCUUAGGGUGUCUCCAGAAAACCUUGUAGAAAAGCUACCAUACGUCCGUUCGUGUGUUGAAAUCAGUGACUCCAGUUCUGUGGAAAAGAGAAAGAGACAGCUUUUGUCAAAAUAUGGAUGUCAGCCGUUACCGGACACCUUGACUCCGGAGUCGGUGCUGGAACACAUGGCGGGCACGAUAGACUUCGAGGAGUGUGUGAAGGAGUGCCUGAGCCGGCUCCUCGAGCUGUUCAAGGAGCAGGAGACGAUCCUGAUGAACGACAACAGCAAGCGCCUCAUCGCCCUCGCCAUGUCAAACAACAUGGCCGACCCAUCCAUCCAGACCGUCGGCUGUGAUGUCCUUGGCAGUCUCGCACUGUCCGCAAAGGCAGGCGAUCUCUUGUUUACUCCUGAAAUCAUCACUGUGAUACCGAAGGCUAUGCAGGCUCAUCCGGACAACUUGGAAUUACAGCUGGCAUGUGUCACAUUGCUGAUGGCUUUGUCAGAUGCAAAAAGAGCGAGUGUGAUCAUCGGAGAGUUGGGUGGAAUCAAGCUGAUCGUGAAUGCCAUGAGGAACCACUCUGACAGUGCCCAACUGGUGGGGGCAUGCUGUCAUGCUCUGUGGAGUCUUACUGUCAAUGAGGACAACAUGUUUGUGGCAUCCGAAGAGAAGGCAGUUGUGGAGAUAACCACAGCACUGAAACUUCAUCAGUUAAAUGCUGACGUCGUAGAAGCGGCUUGCGCAGCCAUUGUACCCCUUUGCCUUGAUGAUUCCAUUUUCAAGUAUGCCAAUGACCUAGACUUGGUUGGGACCAUAAUAAGUGCCUUAAGUCACCACACCAAAGUGCCAAAGGUUAUCAGGAAUGGAAGUAUGGCAUUGGCAAGUCUAAGUGAACCCAAUGAGGAAUGUGCUUUUCGCAUGUUAGCUGGUGAAGAAUCCAAAACUGAAACUCCAUCUGGCAUUCCUGUUAUAAUGAAGGCGUACGAACUUCACAAAGAUAAUGCAGAGGUGGUGGAGGCUAUUGUUGGACUUUUCGCGGAACUUGCAGAGUAUGAUGAGAUUAAAGCUGAGAUGAUUUGCCUGCAUGCAGAUACUAAACUGCUUUUGGAAAUCUGUAAACGCUUCAAGCACUGUAAGAGUAUUGUGGAUCCUUGUGAAGAAACUCUGAAGAAACUUGAUGGAGGAAAUGUCACACAGAAGGCAGGAGAAAGUUUCUUCAAGCAAAGUACAAAGUGACUGCCAUCUUGUCACCCCAUUCACAUAUCAUGCUGAUAUCCUCAAAGUAUUUGAACAUUGCAGCAUUUUAGUGUAUUGCCAGUUUCACCCAAAAUAAUUUACUGGGUAGAAUUUACGAAGCUUGUUUUUUUUAAAACACUGGUCUUUAAGCACUCUAAAUAUAUGUAGUUACACAAGUGUAAGAUGAAAAUAAACUUUGUAAAUUCAGCCCACUGAUUUUUAAUCCUACUCGAAGUUCAAAGUAUAUUAAUUUCAAAAAUACAUAUUAACUUAGUAGAAAAAAAACGACCAAAUAUGUAAAAAGAUUUACAACUAUUUUUGUGUAUUGAUACAUAAAUAUGCAUUUUAAGAUGUGAGAGCUUUUAAACUGGACUGAAUUUAUCCAGUAUUAUCCAUAUACCAUUUAUAUCAAAUGGUUUACAACAAUUAUUGUGAAUUUGCUAAUUAAUAUUAAACGAUUUACAUUUUAACUUCUAUAUAAAACAUGAUGCUGUUACACCUGUAACAAUGGUGCACACCAUAUGAUGAUUAGGUGUGUGUGUGUGUGUGUAUAGGUGUCUCUGUAACUUCUACAAGUGUACAUGUUGAGUGGUGUGGUGUUAAGUAAUUCAUACAUUUCCUUUAUUUAACAUUAUAUCCUAUUCCUACAUGUAAUUCUGGACUGGAUAUACAUACAUGUACAUUUAUCAUGCAACCAGGCUUCCUGUUGACCUGAUAAGACCUACCUGAUAAUUCAAAGUGUUAUCAUGUCAGGAAAUGAGUUGUGAGCAUGACGAAUGUUUGCUCAAUAUUCAGAUAGGUCGUUUUCUCAUUUUUCAAACAUCCAUUUACAGCAGUAAUUGUUGGACUACAUAAAUAAAUAUAACAUUUACACUUCGUGUAACAUCAAAUUACCUCUUAUUUUUCAAUUCGCUAUUAUUCGCUCCAAUUCAGAACUAGCCAGCAUUUUGAAUUAAAUAUUUUGAAACAAAAAAAGAAAGUGGCUUCCUGCAAAGAAUGUUUACUUCGGAACAGUAUCUGACGUCACAGUCAAUAGCAGCCAGUGAUGUAGAUCUUCUUCAGGUCACACAUAAACUUGAGUUUAUUUUCACAAAAAAAGGUACAAAAAUUGUAAUGUGACACAACAGACUUUGAAAUAUAAUCAAAGUAUUUUAUUUAAAAUUUGGAAACGUGGUUAUUUGGAUCGGUUUGAUAACAGUAUAACAGGCUCGCUGAAGCUCACUGUUACACCGUUAUCUAAAUUUGGCCAAAUAACCACGAUGUCAAAACAUUGUAACCUGAUAUUCUAUAUGUAUCAUAUUCCUAAUUAUGGGCUAGAUAUAUCAUAUUCCUAAUUCUGGACUAGAUAUAUCGUAUUCCUAAUUCUGGACUAGAUAUAUCAUAUUCCUAAUUCUGAACCACAUUUAUGGGCCACCAUUCUGCAACUGUGAAAUAACUUUUUUUCAUGGUGGUCUUAACAUUUGUGUAAUUCAUGGAUAAGUAUAGUCAAUGUAUUUACGAACACAACGAAAACAUAAAAAACAAAUAUAUAUAUAUAUAUAUAUAUUGGCCAAAAGAUGUACCAUGCUAGUAAUGAUGGCUAUUAAUUCAGGAUAGUCCCUUUAAUUAUAAUUUUUGAUAUCAUUAUAUUUGGGAGUCAAUAUUUUCAUUUCAAAAGUGGAAUGUGCCAUAUAUAGCUUGGUUUAUCAAACGAUUAUGGUUAAUAUCCCCACACCCUCAUCCCUAUGUACAGUAACUUACUAACUAUAUUUUCAUUUUCUAAAUUACGAUCAGAAUUAGGAGUAUACAUGUAUACAUGUAAGCCUGUUAAAAAAGUCUACCAACAAAAGACCAAACUGAAUAGAUAUAUAUAUUGUUAUCAAAGGUGUACUGCUGCUGUACCUGAUUUCAGUUGCACCAUUAUGUAAAAUCAGGCAUCUGAGAAUUAAAAAUGUGCGUAACCCAUAUACGAUUGUGACAAACAAAAAUUCUGGUAAUCCAUUUAAUUUGUUUGUAAUCUAUUGCAACCAUGUAAAUCAUGUCCUAAAUUUAUCUCUGAUACAUUUAUACUGUGUGUCAUGAAAAAUAGGUUACUGUAUACUUCUAGACUUGUGUGGGGUUUGUGUGAGUUAAACAGUUGUUAAAAUAAUUUUCAGUCCUGAAAAUUUGUAAAUGGUAUUCAUGUGGGUUAAAUAUUUAUUAUCAAAAGUAUUCACUGAAGUAGAUUCAGACAGUGCAGUUCCGUUGAUGCAUAUGACACGCAUUGUUACAUGGUACAGUUGUACUACUACAUGACACAAAAAAACACUGUUUGAAAUCACAUCGCAGACGCGGUAAAUUGCACAUAUUAUGACAUUAUUCAAGGAAGUUAAUUCAUUGUAAUUUUACCUUUUAGGCAAAAAGCUAUUUUAAUGCAGGAUUUUCAAUAAUCUUUAUGAGAUUGAAAUUGUCUUUAUUGGAAUUGAAAAAAAAUCUGUAAUGUCAAGUGUGAUAUUUAACAAAAAACUUGGCAAAAAAAAAUUUGGUCUGGUUUUAACUUAACUUUACCAUAAAGUUAACAUUUAAGAAACCCUUAAAACAAUGUCUUUAAUGUCCAAGAAGAAACCAGCGCCAUUAUUAUUAAUAAUAAGCAUGGACUCUUUCUCUCAGGUUGAAUCUCUGUGUUGUUAUUGUGUUGAAUGUGUGUUGUUAUUUUUAUUAAUUCAAUCAUUGUCUGUGAUCAAAUAUUCUGUGAUAUUCCUGUUUGUGUGUAUCUAAAAUAUAAUCAGUUCAUCAUACCCUUAAUUACGAAGUCAUUAAAAUCAUUUGUCCUUCUUAAAGUAAAGCCUGCUAGACUCUGGAGCUGUACACAUUAUAUAUGAAGAGUUUCAUAGCAAAACACGAUAAACACCACUAUACACGCCCAAUCCUAAAAACAGUUUAGUCCAAAUCACCAUAAACGUCACUCCAGUUUCUCUGCAAUCUGCGAUUUUUGCAGUGGAUUUCUUGGUGGUCCUUAUUUUAUAUUAUUUAAGAAACAUUCUGUUGAAAAGAAGUGACGUGGUAGAUUAAUUUGUUUUAGUUGGUUGGUUUGAAACCUGUUACGGUUCAAGGACGUCUUGGGCGGUACACCUACAUUAUCCGGACCAUAUAUUUUGGACGUGGAUUAACGGCCAGUGAGAGAGAACACAAAAGUAGUGGCUUGACCCCUCCCCAUUGAAGUUUAAAACUUUGGGUUGAGUUGAUACUAAGAUAUGAGUUCAUCAACUACCAGUCUUAGACCAGUGGCAUUGCCAAUGCAGUUAAAUUACCGUAACAUUUUUAAGCUUGGCCUUUUUUUCCAAUUCAAUUUCAAAACUCAAAAACUGUUCUGUUUCAUCAGUGUUAUUAGUUAGUCAAUUAUUAUAGAUCCAGUAUUCUCACUUAACAAACUUUUGUAUUCACUGUUCAUGCAUCACAUAAUAUGCAUUCAGACUGCAUGCAUUUUGUUUGACAUUAGUUUAAAUUACAGCCUGGGUUAUAAAAUUGUUUUAUUUACUGAGCAGGUUAUGAAGUCAUAAACAUUUUGUAACAAAAUACAUUUUGUAAAAUCAUCUGCCUUUUACCAGAGUGCCAUGUUGUUAAAUACUUUAAUCAUAGUUUUUGUUUGGUGAAGUGAGAAUGUUUACUCCUAUAUCCACGAAGUCAUAAUACUGAUAUAAUGUAAUAACAGCUAACGUAUGCAUUACUUGUUAUAUUAGAAAGACUGGUGUCUGUGAUAUUUUGAAUUUGUGAUGUUAUUACCUCUGAAAGUAUUUUGUCUUCACCUGACUUGUCUAAAAACCUAAUAUAUAUAUUUUUUUUUUCUUAUAUGUAUACUUGUUCUACUGGUUUUAUAUUUUGCAUUUGGCACUUUCUUUUAAAAAAAACUCCAAAUAAAUACAUUUAAUAAAGAA